UUCGUUUUGAGCGGGCGGCCAUGUUGAUCAAAGAUAGGAGGAUGGGAAGGUUUAUUAUACAUUUAGAGAUCCAUUGAGGAAAUUUUGAAGGAAUAAGACAUCAGAAAAUAGCGACUGGCCGAACUAGAUUUGCCAAACUUGGAAUGGCAACAAACGAUGUGUUAAAUCAGGCAUACAGAGAUAUACUAGAGAUGGAGGUUCCACCUUCCGAAAUUGAGAACAAAGUUAAAGCAUCAUCAAUGUAUAAAAUAUUGCGCCCAGAACAAGAGCAUACCUUGAAGGAAGCUAAACAUUCGGGAUAUAGAAAUUUUGAUUUCUCAUUAACAUACACAUUGAUAAGAAACAUUUGCAAAAUGAUCCCUAAACCAACAAAAGGAAAAUGGGGCGUCCAGCCUGCAGCAGGAGAAGUGACAGUGGGUGAUGAUAUCGAGAGAAUUAGGUUAAUCCGGAACAGUUUGACUGCUCAUGUGAGCUCAGCCUCCAUCUCUCAGACAGAAUUUGAUGACACCUGGACAGCAAUGUCAGAUAUCUGCCAAAGAUUGGAGACCUUCACUGGAAAGAAGUACUUGGAUAAACUUAAUGAUAUAAAAAAACUGAUCCUGAAAAAGGAAGAUGAGGAAGAUAUUAUUAAAAAGGAAAUUGAAAGACAGCAUGAAAUGAUGAAAGAAAUAUUUCUACAUUCAGAUAUUCAAGCAUUAUCACCGAGGUCUAAAAGCAUGCAUGAAAUGGAACUACAGGAACAAUUUAAAAUGCACACCAGCAAAGAAGAAAGAUCGUCCCGUCGAUAUAUCCAUUUUGGCAAUACUCGACCAGCAACGAAAGGGGAGCAGAUAAAAAGUGGAGCAAUUCAGAUAAGAAAAAAAAGUGAAGAGAAGACCAAGGGCCACCAGAGAACUUCCUGUUGGACAGAGAAAACUUUUGAUAAAAAACUGGAACAGCUCAAAGAAAGCGAGAACUAUGAAUUUCGAAUCCAAAGACUAAUUAGUUUUCUGAAUAUUGAAACCUUUAAUCUUUCCUCAAUUCAACGUGAUCACAUGGAAAACAAUGAUUUUAAGGACAUCAUUGAGAGAGUAGGUUACCUCGACUGUUCAGGUCUUUAUUUCAGUAAGGCUGAAAAGCAAAGUAAAAGUUUUAAGCCAUUCUCUCAAUCCAGUGUCUGGGAUUUUCUUAAAUGGAUUACAGACUUUAACAAAGUCUUCAGAAAGACACAGUCUCCAAAAUGUCGUCUCGUUUUAUCUAUCCUAUUCUCUGCAUACGCAACAAAAGAAAUGUUAGAAUUUAAACCAAGAGACCUUUCAUCAAUUAUUGAUCGAUUGCUGGAAUGCGCUAUUGAAAAUCAAAACCACAUAUUGAUUUUAGAAAUUGUGAGGUCGUACCUGCUUGAUUUUGAUUUUCAUUUGUGUAAACUGUUUAAAGACAAGAAUAGAAUUUCUUCUGUUAUGGACACUUUCCUGACACCAGCAUUAUACAUAAUUCUAAGAGAAUGUCCAAGACUUCAACAAAAUGCAAUCAGACUAUCGUUCUGUUGUGAAUGCAGCAAGGAAAGUAGGCUUGUGAUCAUGAUGUUAUACAAAGGUAGCAUAGAAAUGAAAGACGGAAUUCCGGAAAAGGUCAUGGGGGUCAAUCUGGUAUUGUAUAACUAUACACAACCAUCAGAUGAAGCUCAUACUGUCUUCAACUCCUCUUCUGCUUCUUUAUCAUCAACCAAUCUGCCUGUCAUAGCAGAAAAUGACGCAAGAAAACUUUUCAAGAAGCAUUCCAACCUCACUGUGAUAUCGGCAUCUCCUUAUAAAUCAUCAGGAUAUUCCAAAGGAAAACAUGUCAUUGUCGAAAAACACUGCUUUAGUCUUUUGUGUUUACAUAAAGGAUUCAUUCCUUUUGGAGAACGAGAGUUUCCUAAACAAAUCAAUGGUUUUGAAGUAGAUGUACAGGAGGGCUACUGUUCCUUGGGAAGUGGUAAAUCUAUAGACUUUGGAGGGCAUAUACGUCGUGCCAGAGGAAUAAACACUCCUGGACAUGGAAGUAUUGGGGGAUUUGUUGAUUUGCCAAAUGGCUCUGUUGGUUUAAUAACGUGUGCUCAUGUGGUAUUCUCAACAGCUGAAUUGUUUAAGCCUUAUUCUGAGAUAGAAAACGAUGUACUCAGCAGAAAUACAGACUUGAAUGUAGAGUUUUUCGAUAAACAUGAACAUCAUUUUCAAGUUUGUGGUAAUAUUGUGAAAAAAUGUUUUCCUACAUCAAAUAAUGACAUUUCAGUAGACGCUGCAUUGAUAGAACUUGACCAAUCUGUGAACAAAAUUGGAUUUCCCGUGGCCCUAGCUGAUCAACUUUAUCUAGCAGCCACGACAGAUAGACCCAGAAUCUACGUCAGUAGAGCUGUCACCAAGGAAUAUCACAAGCCAAGCGAGUCAUCCCCAAUAUAAUAAAAAUAUAUUCCCCAAUUAUUUGUUCAUAGUACA